AUGAAUAACGAACGCAUUCUGACUUUUGGCCCUCGUUCUUUUCGUGUUAGGUACUCGGAGAUUCUUGAUUAUCACAAUGUGGAAAACGAGGCGCAACGAGCGGCGGCGGCGGCGGCGAAUGGUGGUGAUGGAUUAGGAGAUGGGGUUGUCGGAGGAGGGGGCAUGGGAGAGGGUGGCGAUACGCCGAUGGAGGAACAGAGUGUAUUUUAA